GCGUUAUUGCGGCACAGGCGAGGAGGCCUGCAAACCUAUCUUCAAGGUUUUAACCGUAUUGCGCGUCCUCCCGCGUCACGAAACUGCCAUCACACGCCGCGGAGAUCUCUUGCAGAGCAAGGGGUGUGGUUUUCCGCAACCUCUCUCCGCAGCUGCGUCCGUCCGAUCGGCCGUCGUCCGGCUGUGCAGAACAGCCGUCCCACGCGCGACGCGCCGCGCCGCCGACCGGCACAGACCCUUGGAACUAAGCCGCGAUCGACCUCGCAGGCCGAAGGACUGUCCCAAUCACCCUAGGCGCCCCGAUUCAGAAUACUUGCACUCAACAUUGAACCUGCUUUUUCCCCCUUUUCGGCGGCGAGCGACUUUGUUUUUGCAUCGACCAUCGACUAGGGGACCACUCCGCGCCUCUAACCCCAAAGCGGAGCCGAAACGAUCGCUUGACUGUGAAACGCGGGCGUCAACCGAGGGGCGGCGCGUUCGACGGCCACCGCGUGACUGUAAACGCGGGCGUCAACCGAGAGGCGCGUUCGACGGCCCGUACGCAAAGCCAUGACGCGCAGCGGCGGUGCCGGCCGGGCCAAGCCGCCCGCCGCCCGGGCCAAGCCGCCCAAGACGAAAACCAACGAGGGCCGCUGGACGGACGAGGAACACCGCAAGUUCCUCGAAGCGUACGAGGCGAUGGUCGCGGUCGACCCGGCGCGCCGCCGCUGGCCGAACGUGGCCGCGGCCGUCGGUGUGGAAAUCAACGAGUGUCGAGCAGGCAUUGCGUCGAUGGCGCGGAUUCGAUGCGAACGCCGUCAAGGAUUAUCUACACAGGCGGCCGUCGGCACGCGCUCGACGACCCAAUGCCGCUCCCACGCGCAAAAGUACUUCAAUGUGCGGAAAUCAAACGUUCGGGCGAGUAAGCCUAAGACGCCUCGUGCGAGGACGCCAAGCACUCUCGCGCUGCGUCGAGGCCGCCAGAAUAGUAGAUAAUACCUCCAGGCCGGCCUGACGCACUGGUUCCGCACAGGUACUUCAAAAAAUUGCGAAGGGCGGCGAAGAAACGCAGGGCUGUGCCAGCCGCGCCGGCGCCGCCGGUCGUCGUCACGGACUCGGACAGCUCGCUGGACGUGUCGUCGACCUCGCGCUCGCCGCGCGCGGCCGCCGCGCCGCCGCAAGCCGACUACGCAGCCGUCCCCACGCCGCCCGUGCAGCCGCGCGAGGGCUCCUUCGACGACAGCCUCUCGCCGACGAGCGCUUUGCUCCGCGAGCCCAUCGUGGACGACCGGGCGCUGACCGUCGACGACGCGCCGCACCUGACGGGGCCGAUCUCCUCCUGGGCCUCCCUCUCCAUGCUCGACCCAGGCUUCACCGCCUGACGCUUCCUCUCUAACGCUUAUUCUCUAGACACGAUACAGAAUUACACAUAAGA